AAAAGCGCCUUUUCCUUGGAACCCUAGCAGCACUCCUUACCAGUUUUUUUUUUGUUCUGCGUGUAUCUAACGUUUGUAUCGUCACCGCCCCAUCUCUCUCUCUCUCUCUCUCAUCCGCAGUUGAAUCGAGAGAGAUGUCGGAGAAGUUGACGCGUAUCGCUAUAGUGAGUUCCGACAAGUGCAAGCCCAAAAAAUGUCGUCAGGAGUGCAAAAAGAGUUGUCCUGUUGUCAGAACAGGUAAACUUUGCAUUGAGGUGACUCCUUUGUCCAAGAUUGCUUUCAUCUCAGAGGAAUUGUGUAUUGGAUGUGGUAUCUGUGUGAAGAAAUGCCCAUUUGAAGCAAUCCAGAUUAUCAAUCUGCCUAAGGACUUGGAAAAGGAUACAACCCAUCGUUAUGGUCCUAACACCUUUAAGUUGCAUAGAUUACCUGUUCCAAGACCUGGACAAGUUCUUGGCUUGGUUGGAACUAAUGGCAUUGGAAAAUCGACUGCACUUAAAGUCUUGGCCGGGAAAUUGAAACCUAACUUGGGAAAAUUUAAGAGUCCUCCUGAUUGGCAGGAAAUUUUGACCAACUUUCGAGGAUCUGAGCUGCAAAAUUACUUUACCCGUAUACUUGAAGAUAAUUUGAAAGCAAUCAUCAAACCCCAGUAUGUUGAUCACAUUCCCAAAGCCGUGCAAGGCAAUGUCGGGCAAGUUCUUUCUCAGAAAGAUGAGAGAGAUAUAAAAGAAGAAAUUUGCUUUGAUCUUGAGUUGAAUCAGGUCAUGGACCGUAAUGUGGGUGAUUUAUCUGGUGGAGAGCUGCAGAGAUUUGCUAUAGCUGUUGUUGCUGUCCAGAAUGCAGAGAUCUAUAUGUUUGACGAGCCCUCUAGUUAUCUUGAUGUGCGACAGAGGCUCAAGGCUGCUCAAGUCAUCAGAUCCUUGCUUCGGCCUACUAGUUACGUGAUCGUUGUAGAGCAUGAUCUUAGUGUGCUUGAUUAUUUAUCGGACUUCAUCUGCUGCCUUUAUGGGAAACCGGGGGUAUAUGGGGUGGUAACCCUUCCAUUCUCCGUCAGAGAAGGAAUUAAUAUAUUUCUGGCUGGAUUUGUCCCAACUGAGAAUCUAAGAUUUCGGGAUGAAUCUCUUACAUUCAAAGUUGCGGAAACACCUCAAGAAAGUGCCGAGGAAAUUGAAACUUAUGCAAGAUAUCGUUAUCCUACCAUGACUAAAACUCAAGGCAAUUUCAAGCUUAAGGUCAUGGAGGGUGAGUUUACUGAUUCACAAAUAGUUGUGAUGCUCGGUGAAAAUGGGACGGGGAAGACAACAUUUAUACGUAUGCUGGCUGGUCUUUUGAAGCCUGAUUCAGUAGAAGGAUCUGAUAUUGAAAUACCUGAAUUCAAUGUGUCUUACAAGCCGCAGAAAAUCAGUCCUAAAUUUCAGCACACAGUUAGAAUGCUAUUGCAUCAAAAAAUCCGUGAUUCGUAUAUGCAUCCUCAGUUCGUGUCGGAUGUGAUGAAGCCUCUCUUAAUUGAGCAACUGAUGGAUCAAGAAGUUGUCAAUCUUUCUGGUGGUGAAUUGCAAAGAGUUGCCCUUACCCUCUGUCUUGGAAAGCCUGCGGACAUAUAUUUAAUAGACGAACCGAGUGCAUAUCUGGACUCGGAGCAGAGGAUUGUGGCCUCAAAAGUCAUAAAGAGAUUUAUACUUCAUGCAAAAAAGACUGCUUUCAUUGUCGAGCAUGAUUUCAUCAUGGCAACAUACCUUGCUGAUCGAGUGAUUGUUUACGAGGGGAAGCCAUCAAUUGAUUGUACAGCGAAUGCACCUCAAUCCCUUUUGACCGGAAUGAAUCUCUUCUUAUCUCAUCUGGAUAUCACAUUCAGAAGGGACCCCACGAAUUUCCGUCCGCGAAUCAACAAGCUGGACUCGACCAAGGAUCGGGAGCAGAAGAAUGCUGGAUCGUAUUAUUAUUUGGAUGACUAAACGUGACUAUCAUAAAUGCUACUCCUUGGUCAAUCGAAAGACGCUAAUACUACCCUUGCCUUAGUUGCAAUUUGUUAAUGAUGAAAAAAGUGUUUCGACUUGUUCGAGGGUUUUGAAUUUGGUGAAAUGUGGGAGUGGGUUUACAUGAUCGAGUAAUCACCUGCGGCAUAUCGAUUUUUUUUCUUUUUUUUUAGUAGCUAAGCUUGCUGGUUAGCUCCUCUCUGAAUUAUUUUAUUUUUCUUUCACCAGUUUUGACCAUUUAAGAUGAUGUUUUUUGGUUUUUUACUAUGAGCAUUUUAACCUUUUAGCAUUAUUUGGAACAAUUUGAUUUAUAUGAAUAUUUUUAUACAACUGUAUUUCA